GAUGGCGGGUGGCGGUGAUUCCCAGCGGCGAGGUCAAGAGUCCCUGACCUCGAGCUGCAUGCACCUAGCGCCCGGGCUCCCCUCCGCGCGCCCUGCGCUCUGAGGGCGAUGAUCACGGACAGGGAGGCGCGCGCGGCGGGCGGCCAUAGGCCACGGCGCGGGGCGGGAGGGGGCGCGGCGAGGCCCGCGGCGGGGCAGAACCGGCCUGGGCCCUGGCGGUCGCCGGAGCGUGCGGCGUGGAUUUUGCCGGACUCGCCCCCAGCCCCGGAGCCGUUUAGGACCGGGAGACCGAACGCAGCGUCCAGCUGUGGAGCUUCGGCGGCUUGCUCUGGGUCCCGCGCUCGGGAAGCCGGACGCAGCGGGGGGACAACUGGCGGUGGCGUUGCCAGAGUGAGGAGGUCGCAGGCCGCGCUUGACGGGGCUCUUUGGUUUUUCUAGUCCUCCACCACGGAAGCAGGAGCUUGAUGCUUGGCCGUCAGAGACAUGAAUUACACACGGUUCAUCACGGCCGCGAGCGCAGCCAGAAACCCUUCUCCCAUCCGGGCCAUGACCGAUAUAUUGAGCAGAGGACCGAAAUCGAUGAUCUCCUUGGCUGGUGGCUUACCCAAUCCAAACAUGUUUCCUUUUAAGACUGCUGUGAUCGCUGUAGAAAACGGAAAGACCCUCCAAUUUGGAGAAGAGUUGAUGAAGAAAGCACUUCAGUAUUCUCCGACUGCUGGAAUUCCAGAGCUUGUGUCCUGGUUAAAACAGUUUCAAAUAAAAUUGCAUAAUCCUCCUACCAUCCAUUAUCCACCCAGUCAAGGACAAAUGGACCUGUGUGUCACAUCUGGCAGCCAACAGGGUCUUUGUAAGGUAUUUGAAAUGAUCAUUAACCCUGGAGAUAAUGUCCUCCUAGAUGAACCUGCUUAUUCAGGAACUCUUCAAGCUCUGCACCCACUGGGCUGCAACAUUAUUAAUGUUGCCAGUGAUGAAUAUGGGAUCGUUCCAGAUUCCCUCAGAGAUGUACUUUCCAGAUGGAAACCAGAAGAUUCAAAGAAUCCCAAGAAAAACACUCCCAAAUUGCUUUAUACUGUUCCAAAUGGUAACAACCCUACUGGAAACUCAUUAACAAGUGAACGCAAAAAGGAAAUCUAUGAGCUUGCAAGGAAAUAUGAUUUCCUCAUAAUAGAAGAUGAUCCUUACUAUUUUCUCCAGUUUAACAAGUUCAGGGCACCAACGUUUCUUUCCAUGGAUGUUGAUGGACGUGUCAUCAGAACUGACUCUUUUUCAAAAAUCCUUUCCUCUGGGUUGAGAAUAGGAUUUUUAACUGGUCCAAAACCCUUAAUAGAAAGAGUUAUUUUACACAUACAAGUUUCAACAAUGCACCCCAGCACUUUUAACCAGCUCAUGAUAUCACAGCUUCUACAUGAAUGGGGAGAAGAGGGUUUCAUGGCUCACGUAGACAGGGUUAUUGAUUUCUAUAGUAACCAGAAGGAUGCAAUAUUGGCAGCUGCAGACAAGUGGUUAACUGGUUUGGCAGAAUGGCAUGUUCCUGCUGCUGGAAUGUUUUUAUGGAUUAAAGUUAAAGGCAUUAAAGAUGUGUUAAUGCUCCCUGGAAAUGCUUUCUACGUGGAUAGCUCGGCUCCUAGCCCUUAUUUGAGAGCUUCCUUCUCUUCAGCUUCUCCGGAACAGAUGGAUGUGGCCUUCCAGGUAUUAGCACAACUUAUAAAAGAAUCUUUAUGAAGAAAUUUAACUAGGUUGGGCAUGGCGGCUCACGCCUCUAAUCCCGGCACAUUGGGAGGCUGAGGAGGGAGGAUCACUUGAGCCCAGGAAUUCAAGGCUGCAGUAAGCUAUGAUCACACCACUGCACUCUGGCCUGGGUGGCAGAAUGAGACCCUGUCUCUAAAAAAAGAGAAGGAAAGAAAUCCAACUAAUCACGCUGCUCAUAGAUUUUCCCAAUACAUUUUUUGUUUUGGCAGGAAGAAAUGAACACUGGCAUUAGACUUACAGAUUGAAUUUCCUCAAACAUGUCCUUUCUAGUAGUUCAACUAGACACCUUUUAAAGUGCCUCUAAAUUCAUCAGAUGGCCACAGUGUAUUUAUAAUCCACUCAUGCUUUUGAAAAAUGUUCAACCUGUACAAAUUUCUUGGAUUUAUUAUAAAGAACUUUAUAGUUGCUUUAUAAUUUCCCAUAAAUUGUCUUUGAAACUAACAUUUUACACUGAAUUAUUUUGAGAGUUUAAAGAAAUAAUUAAGUUCAAAAUGGUAUAUAGUGUGUCCUUUUUCUACUUUUAGGAAAAUUUAAUGAGAGCUUAUUGCAAAAAUUGUUAUAAUUUGAUCAUUGUAAGUGACUUUUAGUAAAAGUACCAUAAACAUAUGUCCUGCCACAGAAAUUCCUUUAAAAUAAAAUUCUUAUACCUAAA